AUGGAUUUAUGGUCACAAACCAGUACUUGCAAUUCACACAGCAAUUCCGAAAAGAUGAGAAGCCUGGGUAUAAAUAUUACUCAACGAAGGGCAUUUAAAAACAAUUCAGUGGUCGUCGCCAACCAACAGAUGCGCUCCACCACCAACCUGCUUAUUAUCAAUCUAGCCAUUUCCGAUAUACUCUUCGUCAUCUUUUGUGUGCCCUUCACCGCGACCGAUUAUGUAUUGCCCGAAUGGCCAUUCGGCAACUUGUGGUGCAAAUUUGUGCAAUACAUGAUUGUGGUCACCUGUCAUGGCAGUGUCUACACGUUGGUGCUGAUGUCUCUCGAUCGUUUUUUGGCUGUCGUACAUCCGGUCACGAGUAUGUCCCUACGCACUGAACGCAAUGCCAUGCUUGCCAUCAUUUGUGCUUGGGUGGCCAUUGUGACAUCGGCCAUACCCGUGGCGUUAUCGCACUCCAUUCAACUAUACUAUUUCAAAGGACGUAAUUACACAGCGUGUGUCUUUUCAUCGCAUGAGGGAAUCUGGAAUCUCGUUGCUUUUCAGGUCUCUUUUGCCGCUUCAUCAUACGUUACACCACUAACGCUGAUCUUCUUCUUGUACAUGUGUAUGCUGGCACGCCUAUGGAAGAGCGCGCCCGGCUGUAAGCCAUCGGCAGAAUCAAGGAAGGGCAAGCGGCGUGUAACACGGAUGGUCGUUGUGGUUGUGUGCGCAUUUGCCAUAUGCUGGCUACCAAUACAUGUUAUACUCGUUCUGAAGGCAUUGGAUAUGUAUGCAUCCACGCAUCUAACGGUUAUUAUUCAAAUCAUCUCACACGUACUGGCGUACACGAACUCCUGCAUUAAUCCAAUACUCUAUGCUUUCCUGUCGGACAAUUUUCGCAAAGCAUUCCGGAAGGUGAGUGAGUGUAGCGCACCAUACUCGAUAAUCAACCCAACCCAGCAGAUCACCAAGACGACGCGCACAACCAACUGCAACGGUACUUCCAACGUGGAAAUGUUAUAAGCCAGCAAUGGAGAGUUGAUACACGGCAGCAGGCAGACGAAGGCAAACCGAAAAACGUGCGGCUAUAACAGCAUGCAGGCACAUUUAUGGCUGUGGCAUGCCACAGGUGGUGGUGGCGCUGUUGUUGGUAGUGUUGCGAGUGAUGGUCUUGAGCUACUGCUGCAGCUGCAAUAAACCCGAGGUCGUUAUUAUCGCAACAAAUUGAUUGAAGGAAUCUGCACACAUGCACACACAUAUACAUAUAUACGCUUACAUACAUGCAUGUGGACACGUGUGUGCGCUUGAAAUGCUUUUGAUGUCAAGCUUAGUCAUGUACAGAUGGCGGUUGGGGCUGGCAUAUGCUGCGAAAUUUACAUGCACGCAUACACUUCCGUAUUUGUAUGAAAUUAUUUAUAUAUAUAUGUGUGUGUGUAUGUGCACGAGUAUGUGUCAUAUGCGCUGCAAAGCAGCCAAGCGGAAUUGAUUUAUUUAUUACAUUUGCAUGUGUGUGCCUGCGUUUGGCGGCAGGCAGACAUUUUUAUUCGAAUAAGAAGCAACUAAAAAAUAUUGCAUAUACAUAUGAACAAAUACAUGUAUAUUUAGUUAUAUAAUUAUUUGUGCUUGUAUGUAACAUAAGCUAGUGAUUUAACUAUAUAGUGUAUGCAAGUGCUAUAAGUGUGUACAACAGCGGCAAAGCCUUCCCAACGUCCCCCAACGAGCAACCAACGAAUGCAUGCUCCAAUUAUCGGUUUCUUAAACAUUUUAUUCCUAUAUUACAAAAACAAAAGAGUAUAAAAAUAUAUAAUGUUUAAAUUACUUGUGCUAACAGCUUAGCUGUUGAGCAAGUGUAGUGAUAAAAUGUAUGCUUUGAAGCAAAGAAAAAAAACGAAAACAGAAAUUCGAAUUUGAGAGCGAAUUCUCGAUUGAUAGACAAACUAAAAAAUGUUUAGAGAUAUAAUUAAAAGUUUAAUUAUAAUUUAGUAAAAAUAUAAACCAAAACUAUAAAAGCAUUCGUUAUAUUUUUCUGUGAUAAAAGACGUCUUCGAUUCGCCACAUUUCAACUCGCUGCUUUUGGCUUUGCUUGCUUAUCAAAAAUUGACAUGUGAAAGACGCAACAAGCUAUCCCGAUCAAUUCAAUAAGAGGAGAGAUUCAAUGUGGUACAUUACGAAGUUUACCUUCUAUUGUAACGCCAUUCUUUUAUACCAGUCAGGUAUUUGAUUUAUACCAGGUGUUUGUUCGAUUCGUCACUCUCCAUAUAAUGGCAAACUCAAUCGAGCUAAUUACGCAUCGAAAAUCGUAAUUAUAAGGUCGACCAAAGUCUACGGCCGAUUCUAUCAAUUUGGUAUAAUUUUUGAAAUGUUAGACGAGUACUUCUGAAGGCUAUAACGAAAACACACUAAGUGAUCGAAUCGAACUGGGUAAAAUCAUAUGUUAAUUUAGAGUAAGCAUGAGGGGUUUAAAGAAGCACUGGGCAUAUCCUUUCCUUAACAAAUCAAAGUGACACCUUAUUCUUUAUUCACAAACCAACAAAUAUGCAAACUUAUGGACCUUAAUCCUUUGACAUUGAAUAGAGCAAAAAGUACACUUUUAGGAUCGAAAAGAUAUUUAAACGAAUCGAAUAAGCUGCAGAGUCCAAAAUUUGCAAUUUUCGAUGAAGUGUCUCUUAAGAUAACAGAGAAAGCUAUAAAGUUUGUGAUAAAGAACUGGACUUCAAUUCACGUCAAAAAAAUUGCAAUUCCGGACUUGAUCAAAAUUCUGUACUCGGUUAAAACGUAACCCAGGCGGAACAUUUAAAUCGAAGGAGAGAGAAAAAAUAUAUUUCAAGGAAAUUUCAAAAGCUUUAUUCUUUGUAACAUUCAAAAGGUAGUGAUAAGGAUUUGCCUAUCGUACUUUGAAAAUAAUUUUUAAGAUAUCGAUUUCGACGUAAUUUUACUUCAAUAUAUGCGAUUGAAGUCCUCUCUCGACGAACAAAGACCGAACUCUACCAAUUAUUCUGCUCUAUGCUGCAGAGGCACGGAUGAUGACAACAUCGCAUAAGAAGGACCUGGCUGCACUUAAUAUCUCGAAUUAAUGCCAAAUUGCGAAAGGAAGAAACAACUGACCAGCUAAUCUUAACUCAGCUAUAACCACGUAAGUGGUGCCUACGCCACUAACGAAGAAGUAUGAGAUUGAUAUUAUACUAACCAUAAGAAGGCUCAGAAAAGUUAGACUACUAAAACUCGAACUCACUGGUGGCAAAAACGUACUUGAGACAAUUUCCUCGGAGGCAAUUAUGGGAAUACUCGCAGACUCACUGAUUUAACUGAAGAUCAAAAACCCGGCGGAUUCCAAUAAAAAAGCAGGAUGCUUAACAUCGCUACAAGUUGACGGUGUUUCUAAAGUCGAGUCUUUUAAGUAGGAGCAGAAGAUAGAAAGCUAUAAUUUAAUGCUGAGCAUAGGGCCUAAAGCUGAAAAAGUCUCAUAUUUUAGAUGGAAACCAUUUAGAGAUUAUUCAACUACUGCGAAACUUUUAUCUUUAUUUUUUUUUCGAAAAUUGAUUUGAACUGAAAUUUAAUAGAUUAGAUUAUCUAAUUUUUUUUACAUAGCCAUUAGUUUUUAACAUUUAUUUUGGUGAAUUAAAGUAUUUUUUGUUUUAAUAAAACAUACACAAUCUCCAAAAGGCUACUCAGACUGCCUGCGCAGGCCGGACUAAUGAGCCCAAGCUCGGUUUGUGUAAGCUCUCUGAGUGCGGCCUAAUAAUUAAGUAGCUCGAGUAUUUACCAUUUUACUACGAAUUUUCGCUCGAGUUACAAAAUGUUUGAAUCAAUCGACAAUUUGCUCAACAAAAUAAAUAAAACCAAAACAAUGUACAAAGCAAAUAAUAACAAAGCGAGAAUCCUAGUUGUUGAUAGUUACUACUACUACUACUAAUUGGUAGAAAAAUAAGACAUAACCUAAAUUGCAUAUAAUAACUGUAAUAUUUAAAUGUACCGUAUAAAGUAUACAUUUACGAUAUCUAUGUAAGCAUAAUUGCGUAAGUACAAAAGAAACAAAUAUAUUGCAUCUGAAAUGCAAGUAAAUACUAUUGCGUUGGUAGCGGUGUAGAGUGAUAGCAUAAAAGUCGCCUAGACGACGGUAUUUCAUAUUGCAUUUUGUUACGUUAGGGAAGUAAGUUGAUAGUACUUAAUAUGUUUUGUAUUUUUGUAUGUUACGGUACAUACGGACACAAUUUGAAAUAUUAGAAAGCAUGCGAAUUGUUACGAAGCAUUUUGAGUAGUUGCAAACAAAACGAAAAAAAAACUAUUUAAAUAAAAAUACUAUAUUCACACAAAUAGGAGGAAUAUACCUCGAGGAACAUUGAAUUAAUACCUGUGUAUUCAAUUACAAUAUUAUUCCUUCGUGAAAGUACGAAAUUUUAGCUUUUAAAAUGGUACAGAGGUAGUUUUAGGGGUUGUUACUUAAUUAAAAAAAAGAUAAAAUAUUUAAAAAUAUAUGUAUAC